AUGACAAAAGAGCAAUUGGCUAUACAAAAUCGUGAUGGCAAUAAUGCUUUUUUUCUUGUUGCUGCAUCAGGAAGAAUGGAACUGGCCACAAUAAUGUUAGCAAAAAAUGAAGAAUUACCGAGUAUUCGUGGAGUUCAGUAUAUGUUACCAAUUCACAUUGCCGCUAAGCACGGCCACAAAGAGAUGAUAGGGUAUCUUUAUGAAGUCACAAAAGAAAAAUUAGCGGAAGAGGAUGGCGUGGAUUUGCUUCACAGUCUGAUCAGUAGAACUGACUUGUUUGAUGUUGCGCUGACGUUGCUGAAGGAACGCCCAAUAUUGGCCACCGUUAGUUUAUCUAAAUGGUGGCUGAUGGAGGCAGCAUUACAUAUCUUGGCUGGAACAGCUAUGAUGUCUCCUGACUUUGCCAAUCACAAUCAGCAAGGAAUCCUGAAGACAUGCUUUAACCUAUUUUCUAGUAGCAACAAGUUGCCCCAUGAAAAGCUUCCUCCAAAAGCACUUGAAUUACUCAAACUACUUUUGGAAAAAAUAGAUUGUCGUGAUGACUGGAUCGAUGAAGUAAUAUAUCUUGCUGUCGAACAAGAAAACGUUGAAUUUUUAAGCUUAAUUAUUUGUGAUUAUCCUGAGUUGAUACGUAAAGUCAAAGGAGAUACAUGUAGACAAAUAUUUCGCAAUGCUGCUUUGAAACGCCAAAAGGAUAUCUUCAAACUCAUAGACACCGUAGGUCCAUCAUUUAAGAAGACAAUACUUCAGUACAAAGAUGAUGAUUACGAGAACAUCUUGCAUUUGGCUGCAACGUCCGCUCCAUCAGAUCAGCUCGAUACUAUACCAGGCGUAGCCCUCCAAAUGCAGCAGGAAUUGUUAUGGUUUAAGGAAGUGAGUAAUGUACUGAAUCCAUCGGCUGCUCAAGCAAAAAAUAAACAAGGAAAAACUCCAAAAGCUUUAUUCAACAAGAAGCACAAACGGUUAAAGGAAAAGGGGGAAAAAUGGAUGAAGGGCACUGCAAAUUCAUGCAUGAUUGUGGCCGCACUUAUUGCCACAGUGGUUUUUGCUGCAGCUUUCACAGUACCAGGUGGAACCAAAGAAGAGUCAGGGACUCCUCAUUUUGUUCAUAAAGUGUCCUUCACAAUUUUUGUCAUAUCAGAUGCAGUAUCUCUGGUAACAUCCGUUUGCUCCAUUCUAACCUUCUUAUCUAUUCUCACUUUCCGAUAUGCUGAAGAAGAUUUUCUUUUGGAGUUGCCUAAAAAGUUGAUUGUUGGGCUCGCAACACUUUUAUUAUCCAUAGCAGCAAUGACGGUAGUUUUUUGUGCAACCAUUUUCAUUGUCUUUAAAGAUGGAAAAAUGUGGGUUCCAAUUCUUGUUACAGCGAUUGCUUCUUUACCCGUCAUCUUGUUCACCAAGCAGCAGCGACGACUCUUGUUUGACGUAGCGCUUUCAACCUACAAAAUAAGUCAGCUUUUCGAUGAUGAAGGGAAAGCAAGGAAGCACAGUAAGUUUUUUGGAACAUAUUAUCGGCGCUGUUAA